UCUUAGUGCGCGUGCGUGUGAACGAAAAGGGGGUUAGCUUCUGUCUAGUGUUUAGCAGCUAGUCUCUCCUGUACUGUGCUGUCCCUGCAGCGUUUAAGAUGUACACAGCUAGUGCUGUGUACAAUAUAGAGGUCCCUGCAAGCUAACAUAUGUUUAUUUAUGUAGGAAAACUGCCGACAUUGUUCGACACUAACUGUCAGAAAUGGCUGGGAUUAUUAAAAAGCAAAUCCUGAAACAUUUGUCAAGGUUUACCAAGAAUCUGUCCCCGGACAAAAUCAAUCUGAGUACUCUAAAGGGGGAGGGGCAGUUGUCUAACCUCGAGCUUGAUGAAGAGGUGCUGCAGAACAUGCUUGAUCUGCCUACCUGGCUGGCUGUCACCCGGGUCUACUGCAAUAAAGCUGCCAUCAGGAUACAAUGGACAAAGUUGAAAACAAGCCCCAUCUGCCUGUUCUUAGAUAAGGUAGAGGUAGAGAUGAGGACAUGCGAAGAACCUCGUCCACCCAAUGGCCCCUCUCCCAUAGCUAUAACAGCAGGCCAGAGUGAGUAUGGCUUUGCUGAAAAAGUAGUAGAGGGCAUGUCUGUUCGGAUCAAUUCGAUUACCAUCAAAGUCCAGGCUAAGGCCUUCCAUGCUUCCUUUGAGCUCUGGCAACUACAAGGCAACAGCCUCAACCCCAAAUGGCAACGUAGUGACCUUCGCUACACCCGCAUCACUGACCCAAAGAGAGGAGAGGUGUUGACAUUCAAAGAAAUCAACUGGCAAACUCUGCGAAUUGAGGCAGAUGCCAUUGAGAGUGAUGACCAAGACCUUGGUAGCACCCCUCUAAGACUCAUCACCAACCAGGGACGCAUCCGCAUUGCUCUUAAACGCAGGAUAAAGGAUUGUAAUGUGCUGGCGUCAAAGCUCCUUUUCAUUUUGGAUGACCUUCUGUGGGUGCUGACGGACUCUCAGCUCAAAGCCAUCAUCCAUUAUGCCAAAUCGCUCAGCGAGGCAAUGGAGAAAUCUGCACAGCAGAGAAAGAGCAUGGCUGCCGAAUCCUUGCAGACUGCACCACCAUCUCCUGGCCUCCAGAGCCUGUGGACAGAACCUCAAACUGCUCCUGCAGGCACCCCCAGCAACAUGAGCCAAUACUUUGAUCUCUUUGAUGUCAAGGAGUCUUCUUACCAUACCUUCAUAUCACGCUUAGACUUACACAUAUGCAAUGACAGUUCUUCAAUGGAUGAAGAUGAGCCUCCCCCACCAGGCUUGCAGGGUGCCAUGCAGCUGACCUUCAGGAAGCUAGGUUUUGACUACUAUCCCGUCCACAGACCUGCUGAGGGGUGUCGGCACUGGGAACGUCACAGUGGAGCCAUGGAUGCCCAGGCUCAGUGGGCUGGGAAACUACUACAAGAAUACCAGAGAAGAGUUGAGGCUUCUGGGUUCCCUGGUCCACAUACUGAAAUUUCCCAGUCGGCAAAGGACUCCCCUUCAAAGACAGUACAAGAUGGACAGCCAAGUCCCAAGUCAAAUUCAUCUGAAAAAGAGCAGGCAGCCAGCAAGAGCUCCGCUGCCUCAGGGUCACUGAAGAAGUUGCGGUCUAGCUGUGUGGUGAUCAGGAUGGAUGAUGUGGACAUUCACCAGGUGUCUACAAGAGGCCGACAAAACAAAAAGACACAGUCUUUGCUAUCCUGUAACCGGAAAGCUCAAAGUUUACCAGACAACAUACCAGCAGUUCAUCUGCAGUUUACUGAGUACUACUUUCCUGAUAAUCCCAGUCUACCAGUGCCCACCUCAAACCUGUAUGCCCAGUUAAACAGCCUAAUGCUGUGUGUAGACCCAGCUAGUGUGUUGUGGAUUAAUUUGUUCACCAGGGGACUCCUAUACACCCUGGACCAGGUCAAAGCGUUCUACCAUUUGCAAGACAGUAACAAGUCUGAUGAACAUGUAGACAUCCGCAUGGAUGCAGCUCAGCUUAAGCUCGUAAUUCCCUUGGAUUCAUCCAUAUUGGACCAUCCAGAACGUCCACAGUCCCUGUCUGUCACGAUACCCCAGAUGGUUCUCAGUAACACCCGCCACUGCCCUCAUGGCUCCAAUGUGGACUUAAACAGUACAUGUGAAAAGUUUGCCAGCUGCGCUUUCUUCCAAUCUGUACUACCUUGCCCUUACCCCAGAGACCUGAGUGCCUUCCAGCCCAUUCCUUCCACUUUCCUUCAGCAUGCUCAAGAGCUGGAACCCCAGCCUCUGGACAGAAAGCAGCUACGAUCCCAGGACAUCUGGUCUCUCAGUCUGUCCCGUGUUACGCUAGGCUUUGAUGGAGCACGGCGAUUCCCCAAAGGCAAAACCCAGCCUUUUGUUGAGCCCUUUGCCAUGUCUGUAUGGAUGUGUCAGCCGUGUGCCUUUAAAAGCAGUUCAUUGUCUUCCUCCUCCAGUCCCAGCAGAUCCAAUCAGGCUUCUUCAGAGCAGGAGCCUCAUUGGGAAGAGGCUGCGUAUGCUUCUGUCCACUUCCUGGUCCACACAAUCACACCAGUGAAGAUGUGGCUCAACCACUAUCAGUAUGUUGCACUGCUCAGGAUGAAGGAUGCAAUGGCUCGGUUGUUAGCAGAGUUGGGCCAGGAUAUACGAGAUGUUAAGCAGGCUCAUGACCAGAAGACAAAAACAGCUACAGUUUGUCUUGCCCUUGUUAUGGACUCAGUGGAAUUGGGUCUCCUUUUGCCACCAGCAUGCAGAGAGCCUGAGGAAGAGGUCCCCCACACUCCUGAAACAGACAGCCCCAGUAUAAGUGACUCUGACAUUUCUCCAUCUCAUCACUCAGCUGCUGUUCUUGAUGAUAGUGGGUUAGAAAAUGGCAUCUCCUCCAUCAAUACAGUUACAUUUGAUCAGGAUGAACAAGAUGGGGUGGUAGAGGAGGCUUGUGAGGCUGUGGAGGAGGGGCUGGAGGGGAACAGACUGAUAACACAGGAGGACACCCCUGUUCUCUCUCCUCCCUUCUCACCUGAACAGUCUGUAGUCCUCUCCCGGGAGCCGUCUACCUUUAGCCUUGAGGGAGAGCUAUCGAGUGCCAUUAAUGUCACCAAGGAUGUGACCAAAGAUGCCAUUAGUGCCUCACUGGACCUGACCAAAGGGGCAUUUUCAAUAACAAAAGAUGCCUUUAGCAUGCUGAGUCGUGGCUCGGGGAUGAGCAAAUUGUUCAGUCCACAGGCAAAGGAACAGGUUCAGCGUUCCGAAGAAACUUGCCAACAGUCCAUGAAGCAGUCUCCUUCCCAGCAUUCCUUUGACAGUGCUAUCUUGGAUGGCAGCCUGCCUGAUGAAAAUCUUUCUAUGGAUAGUGAUAGCGACAAUUUUGUUGUUCUCUUGGACUCAGAAUCAGGAAUGGAGUCCAUGCGUCCCAACAGCACGCCUGUGGGCAGCCGAGGCAGCCCAGCCCCAGGGACAGAGGGAGGCUCAUCAGCUGAUCUUAGCAGUUCCCUGUCCCAAAGUACCGAGGAUGUCUCUCAGGACAUGUCCUCAGUGUUGUUGCUGAUCCUGAGUGGAACAGCUUGCACCAUUGAAGUAAAAGGAGAAGACCAAGUUGUGGCUGUUGAAGCACAAACUGUAACUCCUGUACAGAUGGGUAAUGUCAGACUAUCAGACCUGCUUGCUGGGGUCAUUCAAGCACCUGUUUUGCCGGUCCAGAAGGAGGGUAGCAGUGGCUCUCCAGCAUUGUGCAUGCGGGCAGAAAUGGGACCAGCUGCAGCUCAGCGCUCUGCUCUGGCUGAAUCGUUGGGCUUUCUGGAUAUGAGAGUGCAAGACUGUCAGGCUGAAUUGUUAGCCUCGACAGUUGCUAACAUCGGUCCUUUCCUCGAAGAUGAAUUCAGUGUUGAUGGCCAGCCAGUGAAGUUACACAUGAGCAAUGUGACCAUCACAAUGAAGGACGAUGGCCCCAGAAUAUACCCCACAGCCCCUCAACCCGUCCCAGCCACAUUCAUUGUAGAUGAGCUGGUUCUCGAACGUAGCGAUGAUGGCAUCAUGAGAGUCAGAGGAGGUGGAGACUCUAAAGCUGCAGCAGAUGUUCCUAAGGCUGGCUGGGAUAACCCUAACAACUCUUUGACUGUCCAACAGCAGAGUGAGAGACCAACACUGGAGUCAAAGCUCUGUGAGGCAAAGGCUGCACUCACUCAAGCCCUCAGAGAGAAAGAGCGCCUCCUUCUGGAAGUCAGGAAGUAUGAUCCCACAUUUACCCUCUGAAUUUACUCUGUGCUUGACUUCUGAACCUGUCGCUGCUGAGGAAUGGUUAUGGAAUCAGUCAGGCUGAACCUUGGGAGCCAGCAUGACUCAUUCAUGUCUGGACAUCUGACACGUCUCAAAGAUGAUGAAUCCAAGCUGAGUGUUCGGAUUACUUCCCACUUUUUAAUUCAUGAGAUUACAACCAAAAAAAGCCCCUUAUAACAAUUAUUGAAUGGGGAAGUUAGUGAACUAACUUAUAGGUACAUUAAUUGUACUUUUUUUAAAAAAAAAAAACUGUCUAGAUAUUCUUCACUUCUGUACACAACUUUCUUCUGGUUUUUUCCUCAUCCAAAUAAGUGUGGACGGUAAACUUAUUGUGUGGUUUCGGUGUUUGUCAUGUAGCAUGCAAAGGUACAUAUUAUUAAGCUUUAAUUCUCUCUAGUCAUUGUUUGCGUUGCAGAAGUAUUAAAUCACACGCCGCAACCUCUUUUCACAUGCACUGACACUGCCAGACAGCUGCUAGUCCCUCCCAAUACUCCUACAAAACAUGUCAAGCAUGCUGCCUGAACAGUGCUAAUUUACAUGUAGCACAUAUACAUAUUCACAGUCAUCGAGCUAGACGUAGUAAUGAUGAUUGCUUUUAUUUACUGUAAAGUAAAAGAUGACCUUGUGUGUGUGUGUUUUUUUUUUCACUUAGUGGAAAGUGUUAUUUGAAAAGCAAGAAAAAAAUGCACUUAAAAAAAAAAAAAAAAAGCUUACCUCCACUGCUUUCAUGGUGAGCCUGAUUCAUCUCAAUUUCCACCUGGCUAUUUUAUCAGCAGGGGGCCGUGGUUACACACACGGGCCGAGUCAUUCCCUAGUGUAAUAUUUUUGUUUGAGUUGAAAAAUGUUGAUCAUGCUUUUGUGGUACUGUGAAACAGUGUGCUCUGCUUGAAUGUCCGAUGAAGGCAGCGUGCCUUUUACACGGCUGUAGAGAGGUUGGACUUUUCAGUCCAGUUCUCUGGUUGAAAGAGAUCUGAGACUAUACAGCUAGUAAUAGUACAGUACCUAUGGUCUUCAAUUGUUCUGUAGCUUGCCAGGAAACAACUUAGAUUAAUAGUGCUAUUACCUCUGUACACAUGUAUUGUGUAUAAUGGUUAGACAUUGUGGACUUGAAGCUUGUUUUGUGUGUUUUAUUGCCUGUAUGUAUGUGGGUUUUUGUUUGUUUUUCGUUUUUUUUUUAAGAUCUAUUACAUUGUGUUUGAGCCAUAUCAAUCAAAGAAGGUGACAUUUAUUUAAAAAAAACUAUGGUACUGAUAAUCUAAUGCAUAUUCAUCAGAUUUACUACAAAACUGAUACUUGUGUGUUAAAAUCUGUAGUAGAUCAGGAUUAAUCAGGCCAGUUGCAAGUUUAAAUUUGUAUCACUUCCCAUUAUCCAUUCAUAAGUCUGUUACAUAAAUUCAUACUGUGAUUGACUUGUUUAUUCAAGACUGCUUGGAGAAACAUUUCAUGAAGAAAUUGUCAGUUACAUUUUAUCUAAAAGUGUGCUAAUGUCGAAUUAGUGGUGUGUCAUCUUGCCUUUGACAGGAGUUUAUUGGUUGCAUGGCUGUAACAGAAAUCUUCCACUCACUUCCACUCAUAAUGGUCCUUUGGAGACCUCUGGUGGUGGUGACUUGCAAGUGUACACUCCAUUUAAAAUAUUUAUUAUGUCUUUAUUUUUUUAGCAAGUGUGUUUACUUGCAAAUUAUGACUGACAUUGUGUGUUAUUAAAGAGGAAUGUUAGCUGUGGAAGCAAUAGAAAGACACUUGGGUUUAUCCACAAAUAUGACAAAGAACAGUAACACUGCACAUUUUUAAUGUGGAGUUCCAGUUCUUGGAAUGAUUAAUUACCUGUGUAUCACAGUUUUUUUCCCCUUCAGCUGUGUAACUCAAAGCCUCCUCAAUCCAUACGUGUAAUAGCAGAAACUGCCUUUUAACUUCAUUAUCACCUAGAGAUGUGAUAUAUUUCUCAGCUAUUGGUGUUUGCUCUUGCAUGCCUGUAGUAGACACACUUACAUUGGUACGAAAUUGAGCGUGCCGUGCUGGAUGCAUCAUGUAGCUCUGAAGUUUGCCCAGUUUCUUUCUAUUCAGUCAGGCUUCCAUGUUAAGUAGCAUCUGUUCCACUGAAAAACUGGUGCUUUAAGUUAAAUCUGCUCAUAACCUGUUCCAUUAGAGUUCAUUUGCACUUGAGAGCAGGCCAGGGUUUCACUGUAACUGUAACUUUAUUCCCAGUGUGCCAUGCAAAAAGGAAAUGGACAAAGAGUGAUGUGAGACUCACUCCAAAGUGUGGUGUUCUCUCUAGAUGCAUGUACUGAAGUGAUGUUCUGUUGAUUUUGCCUUGUGGAUUACUUACAUCUGUGUGGUCAAUUGGAAAUUGCACUUGUUUUCAUGUAAAUCACUUCAAAUGAUUGCAGAGGAGUAAUUGUAAAAUCUUUUUAAUUGAUGCAAAUGUUUGGACACUUUUUUUUUGGUGAGUUGUGUAGGAUUACAUCGAAUUUUAUAUUGUCAUCACUUAAUUGAGACUAAUUUUAAACUGGUUCUAUGAACCAAAGGUAGUAUGUAGAAAAUAAUUUAAGUAAAAAAAUUGA